AUGGGCUGUGACAAGGGCACUUCAAAGAAGAAACACUGCAGGCAAUCAGAGGACGAGUCAGAGGAUCCAGGUUCAGCUGCUAAGAAGCGCACUUCAAAGAAGAAACACUGCAGGCAAUCAGAGGAAGAGUCAGAAGAUCCAGGUUCAGCUGCUAAGAAACGCACUUCAAAGAAGAAACACAGCUGGCAAUCAGAGGACGAGUCAGAGGAUCCAGGUUCAGCUGCUAAGAAACGCACUUCAAAGAAGAAAGACUGCAGGCAAUCAGAGGAAGAGUCAGAUGAUCCAGGUUCAGCUGCUAAGAAACGCACAUCAAAGAUGAAGAGCCAAAGCAAAUGUGAUGAACUGAACUCCGAUGUUCCAGACACAGCAUCCAAGAUAUCCUGCCGCAAGAGAAGACCAUGGAGUCCAGCAGAAAUCAGCGCUGUUGAGAAGACAUUGAUGACAUGCAUAACUACAGGCAGAACUCCUGGCAAGGCAGACUGCAUGGAUUGUAUCAAAUCAGCACCUGAAGCACUGAAAUAUCGUGACUGGACCUCAGUUAAGUUCUAUGUGAAAAACCGCUGUGUGUCCUACCAAAGAACCACACAGAACCUUUGAUAGCAAUUUCAUAAGUUGAGUUUGGGGGUGGGAGAUGGGAAUGUGUUAACAGGGCUUGAGCAUUUUAUAGGACCACACAAUACAUGCCCUGUACCAAAGCAUUUUAGAGGACAACACAAUAAUACAUGCCCUGUACUUAUUUAGUAUCCUUGUUUAUAUUUUAUGUUGGCAGAGGGUCAACAAUGUUUUUAUUUUGAUAUUAUAGUACAUGCACUUUAUUUUAACAGUACUUAAAUGAUUUUAGGUUGGGAGAGGGUCAAUUGUGUACUUUUGUUGUUAAUAUAGCAGUACAUGCUCAUACAGACAGGCUUUAUGAUUGUGAUAAUGUUGAAGUGUGUUGAAUGUGAGAAGAGGGUAAGUUGUAUCCUUGUUGACGAGGUUCAUUAAGAUUAUUCUGACAACAACAUUUGUUUAUGCAUUUUAUUGUAUUUUUUUUAUUUUCAUUAUUCAAUAUUCAUUAUUUGCAAUACCUGAGUAGGUAUUUGAUAUUAAGAAGUGAUCUGCUUUUUCACAUGACUGUAGCAUUACUUAAGCACUUUCAGAAAUAAUGUACUUAUAACUAUCACAACAGUCUACCUCAUAACGUUCUAAUGCAGUGUGGUUGUGCAUUCUGGCACUGUAUUAAGCAGCCAAUAAAUGUGCUGAUUGCUACUAAUGUUUUCAUUACUUUCCUUGUGUAUACCUAUUAGCUUCAACUUGGUGUCAUGAGGCAGGUCUCACGAGUAUCUCCAAAACAACAGUAAAUCCUCAAAACUCAUGGUAUUAUAGUAUUGCAAAUGUGGUUUACAUUACAUGUGCUCCUUUAGAAUGGUUUUCAUUAUAUCCAAGAAAAUACAGUAGUUGGUCCCCAGAUUGCACUGUGCUUGUUGAUGACAUCACUUGGGUGGGCGUGACUAUGGGCGGGGCCAGAGUCCUCACUUUGUCCACCUGACACCUGUCCCCUGUAGCUGGUCUGGAGUCAGGUGUCAGACUAACUUCAGGUAUGAAGUGUGUAUUCUAUAUUUCAACUGAUUUGCUUAUUACUGAACCCAUAUACAAUGCUCCUGUGCAAUGGCUUGUCUGUACCAUGCUUAGAAAGUGGUGUCCCCAAGAGUGACCAUUCUGUCAGGUGUCCCCAGGUGGUGAUAAAGAUGGGUAUGCGUGUGUGUGUGUGUGUGUGUGUGUGUGUGUGUGUGUGUGGGUGGGUGUGUGUGUUUGUUGGUCAUGCUGUUUAUCAUCAUCUGAAGUGUGUUGUGAAGAGGUUUAUUAAUUCUGCUGUGUACAAGUAUGUAAAUCUGCAUGACUGUGUGAGGUUGAUAGAUUGAUGCUAAUGUAUAUUUGUUAAAAAUGUGUGUCUGUGUCUGUGUGUGUGUGUGUGUGUGUGUGUACGUGGAUGCAUUUUUGUGUGAAGAGAUAUGAUUCUUAUUUACAUAAGUGUAUACUACAGAAAGACAUAAUUUGUUUAAAAAAUAUUUUGGACUGGUACUGGAACCAAAUGAUGAUGCUGUUUGCAUACUGUAUGUACUUGAAAGUUGUAUUUUUCUCUCUCUCACUCUUUCCCUCUUACUCUUUCUCUGUGUGUGUGUGUGUGUGUGUGUGUGUGUGUGUGUGUGUGUGUGUGCAGGAGGUGUUCCUACACUGCCGUGUGUUGGUGUGUGGGCAGGCGGAGGGGGAGUCUCGCUGUACGCAGGGCUGCCGGAGACGCCUGCGGAGGGACCUAUGGACCGACCAGCACCAGCAGCAGACCGUGCUCAUCGGAGGACCCAUCCAGAUACUGCCCUAGCUAUGACACACACGCACACACACACACACACUCACAUACUGUACAUAUACACACACACACACACACACACACACACACACACACACACACACACACACAAACACACACACACACACACACACACAUACACCAUGCAGAAACACAUGCAUGUAAUCACUCACACACACACACACACACACACACACACACACACACACAUACACACAUGUAGGGUUUAGGGAGUCUUCAGGGUGGGUGAAUGAGACAUACACAUGCAGUCCUACACACAGCAAUGUGCAUCGUCCCAUAUGCAUCUUUCCACAGCUUCUCCCCUUCUGAAGCCACAGUCAUAUACUCUAGCUAAACAAACUGGAACAGGCCCUGACAAAAACAAACUUUCAAUCAGUCCAUGCCUAUCCAUGCGCUCUGAUAGUCCAAGCGUCUUAUGCCAGGGCUUUGCAUCAAUCCACUGACACAUAUCAACCAUAUUUUUAGACCGCAUUUAUGUAAAUCCUCCAUCACUUGAAAAUACUGUAACUUACGCCCCAAGGCCGACUCAUCUCUCUCUCUCUCUCUCUUUCUCUCGAGUACUUAAUAUAAUUUAGUCAGAGAGAUUGACGUGCAAUUUUCGAGUCACUGAGAAAGACGCUGCACUUAAUUUAUCAGUCCAUGCACACAAGAUGGGCCAACGUGUGAGGCCUCUCCAUCAUAUUUUGCCCAGCUCAAUCCCAAGCUCAUUCACACAUCUUGGAUUUUAAGGCAGCGGAGUAUUUAUUCAGCUCAAAUGAGAACUGACUUGAUGGCUUGCAAUGUAUCUCUCUGUGCCUCAUAAGGUUAUUUGAUUUUGACAAAUAGGAUUGCUAAUAUAAUAAGUGUGCAACUAGCCAAAACAGCAGUUUAAGUAUCUUGUAAAUAAAUAUGCACUGGCUUGAUAUAGACUUGAAUGCUAUUUGAGAGUUAAAGUAUAUACAGUAUACUGUUCUACCUAAAUGAAUCAAUAAACAACUAAUU